AUGAUAUCAAACAACAAACUAUUGAAUUUUUGGGAUUAAUUUUUCAUGAUUCAAAAUUUGUAAUUAAAAACUUUUUGUUUCUUUUAAAGUGUUGAGAAUUCGGUUUAAAAAUUUAUGUUAAUUAUAGAAAAUGUCUAGUAUUAAAGCAGAAUGUUUAAGAAUUAAUUAAUUUUAAUAAGGGUUUAGGGUUUUUAUUCUCAAAAUUAUUUUUAACCUUCGCAGAAUCUCUAAUCAGAGUUAAAAAAAGAAAAUUGCCAUUUAGUAGUGAUUUAAUGUAUGAGAUAAUUAUGGAUUUUGUAAAUAUAGAAUUGA